AUGAACUCACUAACUGGAGGUGGUAAACGAAAACGAGCUGCUGAGGAUUCAGACGAGGAUCUGCGUCUUCAACCCCCUACGCAAAGAUAUCGUACUCUAGCGCUAGAGAAGAUUCAAAAUUUUCCUGGAGAUAGAUACGAUAGUUUGUCUGGAGAAGUCGACCUUAUUUUCAGGCGUGGUCUCAUCCGACCCGCGGGCACCCAAACUCAAGUCCGCAGAGCCGGCCUGGGCGUACCAGGUGACCCCAAGUAUGAAGAGGAUGCCGAGUUCAUAAGAGCAAGAAGGGAAAAGGAAAAUCGGCAAGUAAAUAAUAUUAAGGACAGCUGGUUAGCCAGUGCAGCAACUUGGAAAGAUACGCUCAGCAAUGCUUGGAAAGGAACCAAAGUCCUUGGUCGUGGCACCCAAGGCAUAGCAGGUCUUUGGUCACGAUCGGACACUGAAGCGUCUAUCAAGCACGUUGUUGUGAAGCAAGCUAAUGGUCUUGGUGAUUCAGAAAAGGAGGCAAGUUUCAUGGAACUGUUAAACAAAGCCAACUCAAGACAUAUAGUCAAACUUUACAAACAUUCAGUCGUAGAGUCAUCCCAGGGAGAACCGAACCCUUUUCGGGAAGCGUUUUCAACAAAUUCCACGCCGCCUGCCAUGAUUGCUAGACUAUAUACCGAAUACUGUAAAGGUGGGGGAUAUGGAGAAAUUUAUUGGAGAUCUGAGAGACUCAUUUGGCGUCUUUUCCAAUGUUUAGUGCUAGGAGUUGCGGCCAUGAAGAAUGGCAACGAGUUGCUUGACGGUGAGAGCUGGGAUACUCGUGUCUUACAUUUGGAUAUCAAACCUGGAAACGUAUUUGUUGGAACGAAUGACAACAAUCAUUUAAAAACUCCAGUACUCAAAUUUGGAGAUUUUGACGGUUCAGCAUUCGCGCCCCAACCGCCCAAAGCACAAACGUUCGACUGGCUGCUUUCACAGUGGCGUACCCCUGGUUUCGAAUCCCCCGAGCAACUUAAGGCGAUAGAUAUAUGGAAGUCACGAGAGGCCCGUUCUGAGGCGAUUUCUGAAUCGCCUCGGAACGAGUACGACUCAGACGGGAACCGCGUGAGCGUGGUAAACUUACCGAAAUGGUCAACAUUCGACUCAGAAAGGGGCUCGGGAGAGGACGAACCAGUCACCGGCCCGGAAGUUGAUUAUGAUCCAAACCUGAAAUAUGGACCUUGGUCGAAUCUCUGGUCGGCCGCUAAAAUCAUGUGGCAUUUGAUCAAUCGUGGGCAUGAGUUUUUUUAUAUUAAGGACAGUACGGCUGAUGAGUUCACCCUAUUCGGAGAAUUUGCUUUUGAGCUGUCUCCCGACAAACUCGUCGUUUCUCUAGGCCCAGAGAUCCUUCGAGCUCCUUACAGUGCCACCUUACGCAAGACAAUCGCGCAUUGCAUGGCGAAAAAUUGGCAAGAUAGACCAAGCUCAAGGGAGGUGUUGAAAACUAUCGAGGCAGCUUUGGCUGCUUGUAAGCUUGCUGAGCCAGGACAAGGUUUUGGGUCUGGCUUUGAUGCUGGAUUGACUUCUUAUGAUGAGCCUCCUACUGAGAUGCCUGAUUUCUGA